CCGUAAAAUCUCUACUCAUAAACACACAUGUGUCAACUCUACUCUGGAAACACAUAAUCCCCAAACAUAGGAAUCAAGAACCUCAAUUCCCUCAGAUCCAAUCACCCCAACCUCAACCAUGUCUCUCUCAGUCAACGGCUCCUCGCCCAAACUCAACUUCUUAAUCUACGGCCGCACAGGCUGGAUCGGUGGGCUCCUCGGCAAGCUCUGCGAAUCCCAAAACAUAAGCUACUCCUACGGCUCCGGUCGUCUCGAGAACCGCGCCUCGAUCUUAUCCGACAUUGAUACCAUCAAACCCACCCAUGUUUUUAAUGCUGCUGGUGUCACUGGAAGACCCAAUGUUGAUUGGUGUGAGUCUCACAAAGUGGAGACUGUCCGAACUAAUGUUGUCGGCACUCUUACACUGGCGGAUGUUUGUAGAGAGAAGGGGCUUGUGGUGAUUAAUUAUGCGACUGGGUGUAUUUUUGAGUACGAUGAGAAGCAUCCACUUGGGUCGGGUGUUGGGUUUAAGGAGGAGGAUGUUCCUAAUUUUGUGGGCUCUUAUUAUUCCAAGACCAAAGCUAUGGUCGAGGAUUUGCUUUCAAAUUAUGAGAAUGUAUGCACUCUGCGUGUCAGGAUGCCAAUAUCAUCUGAUUUGUCUAAUCCUCGAAAUUUCAUAACGAAGAUCACUCGAUAUGAGAAGGUUGUAAACAUACCAAACUCAAUGACAAUCUUGGAUGAACUUCUCCCCAUUUCCAUAGAGAUGGCAAAAAGGAACCUCACUGGAAUAUGGAACUUCACAAAUCCCGGGGUAGUCAGCCACAAUGAGAUUCUAGAGAUGUACAGGGAUUACAUUGACCCAUACUUCACAUGGAAGAACUUUAAUCUUGAGGAGCAGGCAAAAGUGAUUAUUGCCCCAAGGAGCAACAAUGAGCUCGAUGCCACCAAACUGAAGACCGAGUUUCCAGAACUCUUGUCCAUUAAGGAGUCCCUUAUACAAAAUGUAUUCAAGCCAAAUCAAAAGACAUCCGUGGCUUGACAAUCGUAGCUGUGUUUUUGUUGCCCAAUUAUAUUAUUACGAUUUGAUUAUAGUUCAGGAGAUUGAUGGAUCUCGAUUUCCUACUGUCAUUUUACAUGCAUAUUACUAUAUUUUGAUAUUGAAUGUUGUAUUUGUGUUAUAUGAUGAUCAAUAAAUUAUAAAUGGAGUGUUAUUUUGAUA